AUGCUAAAUGUAAUUUCAGCUUGCAAGCCACCUGCAAUUGAUUUUGGAGAGAUUGUAAAGAAUAUAAAAAUUGAGUAUAUUGAACUUGACAGAUUACAGUACAAAUGUCAGACUGGGUAUGACUUGGAAGGGUCUGAUUGGAUAACAUGCAAGGAAGAAGGCUGGUCACCUACACCAAAGUGCUUGGCACCCUGCAUAAUUUCAAAAGAACAGCUGAAGGAGAAAAAUCUGCUUCUGCGUGAUGGACAAAGACAUUCAGAGCUGAUCACAAAUGGCCAGUCAUUGGAAUUUGUGUGCAAGAAAGGAUAUAUCAUCAUAUCCCCAUCAAUCAAAAAAUGUACUGAUGGGAAGUUAGAUCUGCCAUCCUGUAACUCUGCUGAGCCUGAUGAAGAUGCCUCUUUUGAGAGGUUGCUGGCCCUAGCGAUGAAUUCUUCUCAACCAGUCAUUUGCACUACCCCACACAUAGACAAUGGCAAUUUCCUUCCUGUACAAAGUCAGUACAAAUUUAAGGAUGUGAUCGAUGUGGCAUGUAAUCCAGGAUAUAUGCUCGAAAACCCUGCUAACCCUUCUAAAUGCACCAAAUAUGGUUGGCUACCUUAUCCAAAGUGUAUAUCCAAGCAUUGUGACUAUCCUCAUAUAGUGAAUGGAACGCUGUCUUGGUCUAAUACUUACUAUAGCGAUGUCUAUUUUCCAAAAAAAGAAGGAGAAAAAAUUUACUUCAGAUGUUACCAUGGCUUUCUACCAGAAAAUAAGAAGCAGUGGCAACCAAUUACAUGCACCAGUUAUGGCUGGGAACCAGAACCAAAAUGCUUUAAUUAA